AUGUUGGAGGCGGCUCAGCGGCGGGAGAGUGACUCCAUAGAGGUGGCUGUGAUCCCGGAGAACCAGCACUGUGGAGAGAUAGCGGACAUCCACAAGGCUCAGCUCGCUCCUGGAGGCUCCCUGCUCGGCUGUCUCGGGGUCCGGGGGCGGCUGGUGGUGUGGGACCCGGCGGACAGAGAGGCUCCUCCGGCUGCGGUGGACGGCUGCUGCAGAGAUUUUUCCUGGGAGGAAGUGAUCGUCCACAGUCAAGGCGUCGGCAGCUUCAGAUUCCUGGCCGUUGGAUCUCAGUGUGACCUGAAGCUGCUGGAGGUGGAGGCAGAACGAUCGGCCUCCAUUUCUCUGCUGUGUGUCUCUGAGUGUCCUGCAGACCGGCUGCUGCAGACCGUCAGAGAGCAGGACCACAGUGUGAGUGAGCUGCAGUCGCUGCGUGUGUUGUCGUUCACUGCUGGCCGCUGCUGCGUGCUGCUGAACGCUGAUUGGCUGCUGCAGCUGCAGUGGCAGCAGGUGGAGGAGGAGCUGCAGAUAUUAUCCUGCUGCAGCCUCCAGCUGACUGACAGCAACAGACACACAGCUGUCCACCACUGUGUCUGCAGAGAAACCCUGUUCACCCUCAGCUCCACCGGACUCAUAUCUGUGUGUGACAUCACUGACGGCAGGCUGCUGGCCAGCGUGGACCUCCCUGUCUACCUGAGCUCUGGACCGGCAGAGGACGACGUUGUCUCCUCCUCUUCUUCGCCCUCCUUCUCCUCAUCUUCCUCCUUCUGCCACCUCCAGGUGUCAGCUGAUCUCAGCACAGCCGUAGCCGUCACCGAGUCUCACACUGCUGUGGGCGUCGACCUCAACCACUACUUUAGGAUGUUCCCAGACCACCUGCUCUGUGCUGCCCCCCCUGCUCGGCCCCCCCUCCGGCCCCAGAACCUAAGAGACCAGGACAGCGUGUCGAGCUCGGGCUGCAGCCUCGCCGCCCUCGGAUCGACCUUCAGUGUCGACCGCUCAUGGGAAGCUCGUCUGGCCUCCAUGUACAGCAGAGCCCAGCAGACUCCAGCCUCCUCCUCCACCUCCUCCUCAUCCUCCUCCUCCUCCUCCUCCUCCUCCUCCUCCUCCCCCUCCCAGUCUGCAAGGACAUCCUGGUCCUCCUCCCUCCCUCACCUGGAGUCCCACCAGGCUCCAUCCUUGGCCCACAGCAGAGUCCCUUGCGGCGGGGCGACCGUCGCUUUCUCCGUCCCCAAGUCGUCCGCUCCAUCCCUGCUCACGGUCUCCGAGUUCUCUGCCCUCCUGACCUUCGUCUCCCCUGGCAACGCACAGACCACAGUGGCCUCGUGGGAUUUGGAGUCCGGGAGCGUGAGCUACCACCAGGCGGAGGGCGCGGCGGCUCCGGUUCAGCGCUGUGGAGAGAGGCAGCACAGGCUGCUGCUGAAGAAGGCCGGUGUGUUCCAGGUCUUGUUCUCGGUUUCCCAGCAGGACUUGCUCAGCAGGUUGAUGUUGUUCGGCAGCGCGGCGACAGUGGACGCAGUGUGUCACCUGAACAGCUGGGGGCGCUGCUCCAUCCCUAUCCACGCCCUGCAGGCCGGACUGAAGAACCGGCAGCUGGACACGGUGGAUUUCUACCUGAAGAGCAAAGAAAACGUCCUGAACCCGUCGACAGGGUUCAGUGCUGCCGAUCCGCCGGCAGCCUCCGCUCUCACAGACAGUGUCCAGGAGCUGUGUCCAGCGUUGGACCUGCUGUGUUCAGCCGUCAGAGACUCGAACAGUGAAGCUCAGAGCCGACAGUUCUCAGAGCAGCUGCUCAACAUCACCAUGAACUUCGUCAACACACAGAUCCGCUCUGUGCUGACCAACGCACGCAAUGAGGAUGCAGGCGUGCGGAGCUGCGUGGACGUUCUGGAUCGGUACAUCACCGAACUGAGGACCUACAUGAAGAGGUUUCCCUGGCCUGCGGGGGGCGACACCUCCAGCAUCGACUCUGCUGCUCCUGCUCAGGAGGAGGCGCAGGAGGACGAGUGGGAGCAGCUGCCCACAGAGGAAGUGGUCCGCCAAUCCAUCCUGACCAAUCAGAUCCCCAGAGCUCAGGCCGUCCUGAGGAGGCGGAGCCGCCCGGAGCAGCGUCUGUCGGCUCUGAGGAUGGAGGGUCUGCGGCAGGUGUUCUCCCGCCUGCAGCAGCGAGACCUGCAGACCGCCAGCACCCUGCUCACCAACAUGGGUUUCAGUGUGAAGAAGCAGCUGCACAGUUUCAGUCUUUACACCGAUGACAAGGACCUCAGGGAGUUUGUGGUGGAGGAGCUGUCGAGGCGGAGUUAUUUCCCCGAGGAGGAGAUGCAGAGUGUGGCCUUCAUAAGGGAGAUGGAGAGGCUGGGAUCGCUGCCUGCGUCCCGCUGCCCAGGAAGUCCCACAGCGCACAGGCUCGUUCAGAUGUCUCAAAGGGAGACGGGAGCUGGUGAGGAGGUGCUGGAGGAGCUGGUGGGACAGAGGAGGUCUGACCAGGAGGGGGGGCUCUGGAGGAACCUCAGAUUGGACUGGGUGAGGAACUGGGACCAGAACUGCCAGACCGCCGUCCUCCUGUCCAGACUGCAGCACUCAGAGCUGAGCUCCUGUGACUCGGCGGUGUUGUGGCGUUACCUGACCGCCCUCCACGACCAGCGCCGGGUGGUCAGCUGGAUCCAGAACCAGGAGACCAGCGACGCCUCCCUGUGGCCGGAGUUAGCCCCAGAGGUGGUCAACAGCAACACGCUCUGCAGCUCCUACAUGAGGGAGAAGAUCCUGGACCUGCUGGCCAGGAGAGGCCUGUUCAUCCCUGAGGAGCUGGCAGACCUGGAGCAGCUGCUGUGGAGGCUGGCUCAGGGGGGAGGGGUGAUGGCUUCAGCUCCUCCCGUCCCUCAGUACCGCUCCUCCCUCGGCCUCGACCUCCACGGCCUCUUCAUCACCUUCUGUCUGGAGCACGGCCUCCAGUACCUGCUCUACACCUACCUGGAGCACUACAGACUGACGCCCAGGAACUGCCCCCUCCUGACCAAUCAGAGCCUGUCUGAGAGUCAGCCCUGGUUUGAGAUGCUGGUGAAGAUUCAGGAGAUCACCAGAGACCUGUCAGACCCGGCACUGGUCUUCCAGGCCAGUCUAACCAGCGCUCAGGUGCUGUUGCCAGGCAGCCAGGCGUCGCUCAGCAGUCUGCUGUUAGAGGGUCACAGUCUCCUCGCUCUGGCUGCCAUCAUGUUCGUCCCCGGAGGAAUCGACCAGGUGGUGGCUCAGGGUGAACGGUCAGGAAGGUCAGAACGAACCGUCGACCCUCAGCUCCUGAAGAUGGCGCUGGCCCCCCACUCCAAGCUGAAGGCCGCCCUGUUCCCCGCCGGGCCCCGAGGACACAGCCCUUCCUCCGACGUCUCCGUCUACCACCUCCUGCAGUCGCUCCACCCUCUGGACCCGUCCAGGCUGUUCGGCUGGCAGGUGGCAAACUCCCUCAACUCCACAGAGACGUCGGAGCUGCCUCAUUUCUCCAGCCCUCACCUGGUCAACAGGUUCGCUCUGGUGGAGAACCUGGACUUCCUGUACUACCUCCGUCACGGCCGACCGUCCUUCGCCUACGCCACCUUCCUUGUCCAGCAGCUGAGCGGCUGCAGUGACGUGACGCCGCUCGUGCAGCACACCUGGCAGCAGGUGUACAGAUUGGCCCUGCAGUGCUUCAACGUGCCGGCGGUGGCGUCUGCGGCCGUUUGUUUCUGCGAGCUGCUGGGAGUCUGUAGCCUGAAGCUGAGAGUCGACAUCAGAGCCAUGAACACCGUCCUGCAGCACCAGAACCUCCACAACACACACUCUGCCCCAACACAACAUCUACACUCUCUGGUGUCUAAAGGAGUGAAGCUGGCGGAGGCGGAGCCUGGAGCAGCGGAGGAGCUGAUUGGCUACCUGGAGGCUGCAGUGACAGACAGUCUGGAGCAGAAGGGCAUCAGCAGGUCAUCCUAUGAGGCGGCUCAGGAGUGGGCGUUGCCUGUUCAGUUCUGUCAGCUCCACGGUCUGAAGCUCAGCUCUGUUUACCCCGCCCACUGCGCCAGUGACGGACAGUUCAUCCACUUCCUGUUGUUUGUCCAACUGCACAACUUCCCGCCCCAGCAGGUGAGGUCACUGGUGGCUCAGUUCAGCCCCGCCCUCCAGGCCCACCUGAGUCUGGCGUUCCAGGACCUGCAGGUGUACAGUCAGAGGAGGAGCUGUGGCUCCCAGGAGCAGGAGCAGGCUCUGAGCUCAGAGACGGCCCCCGGGUGUCCGGAGCACCCCAGGGAGCUGUUCCAGGUCCUCCUGCAGAGCCAGGAGGAGGCGGCACCCUGCAGGUACCUGCUGCAGGUAGCUCUGGUGCAGCGCUGCCCGACCCUGGCUGUGCUCGCCGCCUGUCAACAGGGGGCGGAGCUGCUUCCCUCCCUGUGUGUGUGGGUGUUGACCUCCGUCGAUGACGUCACAGCGAGGGAAGCCACCUCCCACCUGGUGGUAGCCCCCCAGCACCACGACUGGACGCUGCACGACCUGUCAAUCAUCUGGAGGACGCUGCUGGGGCGGGGCUGCAUCAGGCCCCUCCUACGAGGCUUCGAGCUCUUCCAGAGGGACUGCCCUCUGGUGUUGGUGCUCAGGAUGUUUGAGCUGUGCUGUGACCACAGGAACUUCUCCGAGGCCAAAGCCAAGCUGCUGGACUUCCAGAGGACGCUCAUCACUUUGAAGAACGGCGGUCCGGUUCCCUCUGACGGCCUCCCCCUGCAGUGGGUGGAGAGCCAGGCGUCCGUGCUGCUCCUCACCAUGCUGCAGCGCUGCUCCUCCCAGUACGACCUCCACCGCCUCCUGCAGCUCCUGGCCGGCGUCGACAAGCUCCUCAAAUCCAGCGGUCCAGACUUCAGGAAGCUGAGUCAGCUCAGUCAGCUGCUGCAGGGGUCAGAGGUCAGCCUGUCUCCCAGGCUGCUGCAGUGCACGUCUCCCUCCGUCCAGCAGGAGGAGUUCCAGGCGGCUGUGGACGCUCUGCAGGCCGCAGGCCGCUACAGCCAGGCCCGGCAGGUCGCUCUGCUGGCCGGCCUCCCCGUCCACCGCCUGCUGCUGAGCCAGCUCCUUCAGGAAGUGAACGCCCAGAAGUCCAAGACUCAGUGGAGGAGGCUGGAGACCCGCGUCAGUUUCUGGAAGAAAUGUCAGGAGCAGCUGAAGACGGACGGCACUGAUCCAGAAUCAGCCUCCAGCUUCUUCCUGUCUCAGUCUGAGGCCGGGACCACAGACUCCUCCCCCGCCGGAGGAGAGGCUCAGGCGGAGCUGCUGGACGUCCAGGAGCGCUGCCUGCUGCUGGGCCUCGCCGCUCACUGGCUCUCCCUGGUCGGCCCGGCUCCCGUGGACAAAUUGGAGAGCCUGGAGAAAACGCUGUGGGUGAGCCGGGUCCGACGACACGUCCUCACCGUCGCCAUGGAGAAGGAGAGCGUCUUCAACCUGCCGCCGCCCGCCGUCACACCUGAAAUGAACACGUACGAGAUGCUGAUGAAGGAGUUCUCCUUCUCCAACAUAUCAGCUCUGAACUCAGAGAAGUGCCUCAGUCUGGAGGGACUCCCGGGUCCCUCAGAGGAGCAGCAGGAGCCGGAUAUCGACUCCGGGUUGAGUCCAGAGGAGAGGCGCGUUCUGGCCGCGCUGAUCGGUCAGUUACUGGAUGACGGCAGCAUCCAUGAAGCCAGCCGUAUCUGCCGUUAUUUCUCAACGUAUCACCGGGACAUGUGGGUGGUGCUGCGCUGCAGAGGCCUCGCGUCCGGAGACCUGAACCCCGAACCGCAGGAAGAGGCUGCAGACGCUCCGCCGAGGAGGAGCAUGACCAGCUCUGCCUCUUUCAGCAGCCUGUCGUUCGUCAUGCUCCCCCUCCCCGAAGACGAGGUGGCUGUCCAGCUCCAGCAACUGGUGGAUCAGUGUCGCCACGGCAACAACUACUGUAAACAAGUCCUCAGCCUCUACCAGCUCUCCAAGGUGUGAUCGCAUGUUGUCGUAGAGAAAUAAGUUUCCCCCCACCUGUCUCUUUUAAACUGUGCUGUCAUGAAUACAUCCGGCCAUGUUGCUAUGGUUACCGCUGACCCGCUGUCCGCGUCCCUCCCUCCUCCCUAGGAGCUGCAGACCUCCUUCGGCGAGAUCUGCAGGAAGGAGCCGCGCUGCGUGCUGGAGAUGCUGCUGCUGUCGGAUCAGCCCGAGCGCUUCAGGAAGGCUCAGGCCUUCAUCAGGGCGCAGGGUCUCACCGCGGACGCCGUGGCCGAGCUGGUGUCCUCCGCCGUGGUCCAGGCUCUGCUGGCCUCCGCCCAGGAGCUGCAGCCUGAGAAGCAGGUCUUCAGGCCGGCGGAGGGGCGGGACUCUCUGAUCCAGCUGAUCAAACUGUGCGACGACCCGAACCUGGUGGGAAUCAAACUGCUGGAAAACCUCAACGCCGUUCCACUGAGAGACCUGAGCUGCAUCGUGGAGCUGCUGAUCGUGGCUCACGACUGUUUCAGUCUCACCUGUAACAUGGAGGGAAUCGUCAGGGUGCUCCAGGCCGCCCGCCACCUCAGCCACACCUACCUCGCCCCAGGAGAGCACUACAGCCUGCUGGUGCGUCUGCUGACAGGUAUCGGCAGGUACAAUGAGAUGACGUACGUCUUCGACCUGCUGCAUCAGAACCAUCGCUUUGAGAUGCUGCUGAGGAAGAAGAUGGACACGGACAGACAACAGAGCUCCAGUCUGAAGACGGCUCUGCUGGAUUACAUCAAACGCUGCCUCCCCGCAGACAGCGAGAAACACAACAUGGUGGCGCUGUGUUUCAGCAUGAGGCGGGAGAUCGGGGAGAACCACGAGAUGGCUGCUCGCACUCAGCUGAAGAUCAUCGAGUCUCAGGCCUGGGUCGUGACCCCCGACCUGAAGAGCUCGCUGGUCAAAGUGUUGGGUCUGCUGAAGGACGCCGCCGAGAGCUUCUCCAAGGACUCGUGUGUGCGUCAGGCCACUCGCUGCGUCCGCACGGCGAAGCUGGUUGCUCUUCAGCUCCACUUCCUGAACCAGGGCUCAGACCUGCGUGUCAUCAACCUGCGACCUGCCGAGCUGCUGAACACGGUCGUGGGGCUGCCGCGAUGCUACCAGGUGUUCGUGGUGUCGGAGGCGUACAGCUACAGUCCAGACUGGGCUGAGAUUCUGUUCCAGCGGGUGAUCCUGAAGGGAGACUUCGUUUACCUGGAGGAGCUCAAACAGCAGCGCCCGCUCACCUCCGGCCUGUUCGAGGACGUCUUCAGCAAGCUGGACGGCGCUCCCAGCAGCGCCACUCCCAACGUGAAGCGGCUGCUGACGCACUGCGACGAUGUGUACAGCCGCUACAGGCUGGCCUACCAGCAGAACCUGUACGACGUCACCAAGACCAUGCUGCAGGACGCCACGACCUCCAACUACCUGAACGACAGACUCGCCAGCUGACUGACUGGUUUACCUGCUGACUGACGGACUGUUAAUGAAGACGUCAGAACCAGUGACAAAUAACCAGGAAACUGUUCAUGUACUAAAGUUGUUUGUAAAAGAAAAGAAACAAGAAAAACUUUAUUUCUGACUUAUCUUCUGUGGAGAUUAAUGACUAAUAAAUAAUAAUGAAUCCAUUACAUUUAUUCUAAUGUUUUUCUCACUGAGUCACUGAGCAGAAUAAGUUUAUAUUAACAAAUGAAGAAGAGAAUGAAACCAGAUGUUUGGAACAGAUGUUACAGUCACAGUGUGAACAGCUGCAAAUAACGAAACAAGAGCAAAAUCUUUAUCAUAAGAUUUAAUUUCAU